GGGUCCGAGGGCCACGAGCCCGACGUGGCGCCUCCAGGUCAUCACGCACGAAGCCGUCAAAACAACACAUAAUGCAACAUUGCACAUUAUAUAUCCGCAAAGAAAAACACCGAAGUCGUAAACAGCGCAGCUCCCCGCGGAGGGAAGAGUAACGGGUUUCGUCAGCGUGCGCGUGCCCCACCUUCGCAGGCCUUUUUGGAGAACGUAAACAGCUCGUCUCCGCGCGGCUUAUCGCGCACAUGCAGGCGCGUAAACGGCGCAGCGCUAUCAGACGAAAACAAGCCGCCUCCUGCGACGGCGCACCGGUCAGUGGCCCGUUGUUUUCCUCCAGUGAUGCGGGCGGGCGACCGCUCUCAGGGGACACCAGAGGAUGACACGCUUUCACCUGUCCGCGCUUUGCGUGAUACUCUGCGCUUUGCGACGCGCCUCCGCCGUCCAGGGUGCGCGAGAUCUCGAAAAAAACGUGGCCAUGCUGCUGAAAGAGGAACCAGAAAACCCCAAGUGCUUCAUACGAGGCCGAAAGGACUUCACGUGCUUCUGGCAGGAGGAUGAGGAGCGGGCCGGUUCUGUGGAUCAGUACUCCUUCACGUACACCUACCAGAAGGAGGAGAGCCAGCGGUGCCCUCUGAGGACCCUCCCUGCAGCGGGCGGGAGGAGGCUGUUCCUCUGCCACCUGGACCGACCCCAGUUGUUUGUCCAAAUGGACAUACGAGUGCAUCGCGGCGAAGCGUUGAUCCACAACCGCAGCCUCCUCAUCGAGCUCCUCUUUCUUCUGGACCCUCCCGCCAACGUGACGGUGAGCACCACGACUCAGAAAGGCGAGUUGAAUGUCAGCUGGGUGCCUCCUUCUCUCAAGUACAUGGAGGACACCAUGAUGUACGAGGUCAGCUACGCCGCGGCCGACGGCCACUCGGGGCAGGUGGAGGUGGUACGAGCCAGCUCAGAGUUGAUCCUGAGAGGCCUUCAGCCAAGAACCAAGUACACGGUGCGAGUCCGCGUGAAGCUGGACGGGAUUAGCUACAACGGCUACUGGAGUGCCUGGAGCGAGCCGGUUGUCAUGGAGACGCUGCCCGCAGAACUCGACCUACUCAUCGUGUCCCUGGUGCUCAUCAUGUCUUUCAUCUUCAUUGCGCUGUCUCUCAUCAUGCUUCUGUCACAACGGAGGUUUGUCAUAAAGAAGAUUUGGCCGACUAUUCCGACUCCUGACAGCAAGUUCAAAGGUCUUUUCACUGUGUAUGGAGGGGACUUUAAGGAGUGGUUGGGUCAGACCGACGGAGGAGUUUGGUUGACUCCGGAGUACUUCUACUCAGAAGAAUGCCCUUCACCUCUGGAGGUCCUGUCAGAGCUCCGCCUGGGCUCCUCCCUGCCUUUCCCAGCUCUGCCACCCAAGGCCUUCAGGGCUGCGAUCACGGGCGGAAAGGAGGACGAGGAUGCAGUGAGAGGGGCGGAGGAGAGAGAGCUGCCGGAAAGAGGCGAUCCAGCUCUGACGGAGCGAUUGAGAGCCGAACCAAACGACCACUGGCUGAUGGACCGCUUAAGGGCUCUCCACCAGAACCCGGCUCCCUGCUCCAAGUCCUCUCUGCUGGAGUCCCAAGACGCCUACGUCACCCUCAACGGCAGCAGCCAAAUAGAAGACGGUCACCUGGGCGACACCCUGGAGGAGGCACUACCCCUCGGGGAGCUUUUCGCCGCCGGGCAGACGGUGUCGUGUGAAUCUCACUCCGACCUGUGGUCCAGGCCGCAGAGCUCGGGGUCGGGUGGCCUUUCGUCACAGUCCAGCUUGGAGUACCCGAACCACGACUGGACGUCCAAAUGCCCGGGGUACACCUACAUGGCGGUAGCGGACUCCGGGGUCUCAAUGGAUUACAGCCCCAUGAGCCGGGCAGACGACAUUGGAAGUGUCGUCAUCUACGCCAAUGACUACAAGAACGAGAUGCCGGUUCACAGAAGGCCCUUCCUGCAGCACGCCGCCAAAGAUGACAGCUGACGGGACCAAAGUGGACAUGCUGCACAUGAACGGAGCUUCAGAGGAAGCUUUCUGGAACUGCACCCAAACUCACCCUGACGUUGAGAAAGGUGGACCAAGGAUUUGGGGGCAGACUGACACCGAAGUGCAAGCUGAAGGACUCGGGAAGAAGAGUCCUGCUGGAUGUACGUCCUCUACGUGGUUUCUACUUUGCGCAGGGCUUUUUGAAGAAGUCCCAUAAAUUCAAGGGAGUGUUUCAAGUGGUGUAUUCACAUUUCAAAGCUACGUGUACUUUUAAAGCUUAAAUAACGGCUUUUUGGUUAAAUGACAGAACCGAGCGCCUGGAAGACUUUGAUGCGUCUUAAAGGGAGUUUGUGUGUUGUCAACAAAUCAGUGUGGCCUCUGAAACCAAAGCGUAAACUCUGACCACUCAACCAUCAUUUAAAUAGUGUGAACUGGGUCGAGGUCGAUCAAUGCUCUUUAUAAAACGCUAAUGACAGUGUGCUCUGAAUGGCAAUGUUGAUCGGCUGAUAAAACUCACUGUAUUUGUAAAUAGUAUUAUUGGGAUUUGUGUUUUAUUGCAAAAGCAGAAUUCUGGAACAAAUGAAGGAGAAGCAGUUCAAUUCUAGGCCAUAUUCAUUCUCAUGUAACUGUAGAAAGUGUCUUUCUUCUGGUGUUUACGUUGUGUUUUUACUCACUGCUGCCAUCUAAAGAGCAGAGCAUGUACAGUACAUCUUACCCUGAUGCUUUACAGUUGCAGUUUUUAAAUCCAACUUCCAUUUUUUUAUGCUAGUGUUGCUUUGUAAAAACCUCUCACAUCUGAUUUCUUUCUCUAAAAAGUAAAUGAAAUGUAUUUUUUGUUAACUUACACUUUUGACCAACAAUAUAUGGUUGGAAGAACUCUCACAACAGACUGGCUGUCCAUCACGUGUUGCACGCUUUUCACUACAGCAAUUAAUGGCAUAUAGAAGAUUAUAAAACCACUCAUCAAUUAACUAAACUUUUUCCUACAUUCUGCAUGCAAAAUAUUUUAAGCCGAGAUUUAUACUUUCAGUACUUUAUUUAGAAGGUUUUUUUCAGACACAACAUCAUGUACUAAAAGUGAUGUUUAUUUUUCAAAAAUAAAGAUUUUCUAUAUUUCUUCUUAUUCGUGAAAUACUUUAACUGUGACAUCAGCCACUUCAAUCUGAUGUCUCAUACAAUCGCUCCGAUGUUGUAAAUGAGUGUUUCUCAACUGAAAACCUGAGAGGACGAAUAAGGGGAGACAGAAAAAUGUCAAAAUUAAUAUGGUUUUCAAAAUAAUAAUAAUGUUAAUUUGUGUAUAAUGUGAAUUUCUCUUUUCUUUGGUUACAAAUAAACUUUGUUUUAUCUUGAAGGGUCCCGAACCAAACACGUUGGUAACCACUUAUCAACUUAAAACCACCUAUGUAAUCUAUGUAAAUGUUUUCAUUAUGCAAGACUUUCUUCAUGUGUUUAACAAAACUUUUUGCCGAUUAAACUCAUAAAACAUUUUGUAUCUUCAA